AUGGGAGACACCAAUUCAGCAAGCCAGAACGGCUCUGCCGAUGGCAAGAAGCAAAUUUUACUCAAUGCUUUUGAUAUGUCGACAGUGGGACACUUGUCCCCUGGUCAAUGGAGGAACCCCAAAGACAAGUCCGCGACCAAGCGAACACUGGACUAUUGGGUAGAGCUAGCGAAGCUGUUGGAGCGCGGAGGUAUCAAUGCAUUGUUCCUGGCGGAUACAACGGGAGGUCAUGAUACCUAUGAGGGCAAAGUGGAUGAGUGUAUUCGUCGUGCAGCGCAAUGGCCGGUGACAGACCCGACUAUUCCAAUUUCUGCAAUGGCUGCUGUGACCAAGAAUCUGGCGUUUGGAAUCACUGCCUCUACUUCAUUUGAACAACCUUUUCUGUUGGCCAAGCGCUUUUCCACCUUAGAUCAUUUGACCAAUGGUCGCCUGGGUUGGAACAUCGUGACCUCAUAUAAGAAGGCGGCCUUCAAAGCCAUUGGACUGGAUACUCCAAUUGAGCAUGAUGAACGGUACCGCCAGGCAGAUGAGUACUUGAGGGUUCUUUAUAAACUCUGGGAGGGUUCCUGGGCCCCCGAUGCGCUGUCGCCUGACCCUGAAGCGGACUCAUACAUCAAUCCAGACAAAGUCCGCCAAAUCAACCACAAGGGCAAGUACUUUGCGUUGAACACACGGCACAUCGUCGAUCCCUCUCCGCAGCGAACACCAUUCCUAUUCCAGGCAGGAACAUCGCCUGCAGGGUCAGAUUUUGCUGCGACUCAUGCAGAGGCUAUUUUUGUGUCCUCCCAUUCGCCAGAGGUGUUGCGCCCUAAGAUCGCACACAUCCGCAAGCUAGCCGCAGAGCGAGGCCGUGAUCCUCAGUCCAUCAAAUUCUUCGGCACGUUCACACCUAUUGUGGGCGAGACUGACGAAGAGGCGUGGGCCAAGUACGAGGAGCUGAAGAAGUAUGCUUCGGUCAUUGGAGGCUUAGUCCUUUUCAGCGGAUGGACAGGCAUCGAUAUUUCUAAGAUCCCAUUGGACCAGGAUCUUACAGCUGCAGACUCCUUAGAAGCAGGUAAGGUGACCAGCUUGCUUGACUCGUUACUCAAGACUAGCAAAGAUAUUCCUCGCUGGACGCCUCGCAUUGUUGCCGAGAAGGCUGCAAUAGGUGGUCUUGGCCCCGUUUCGAUCGGAAGUCCUGCUACUGUGGCCGAUGAAAUGGAACGUUGGAUUCGAGAGGCAGAUCUUGAUGGUUUCAAUGUUGCCUAUGUCACCACGCCAGGUACCUUUGAGGAUGUGGUGGACUUGCUCAUUCCAGAGCUGAGACAACGUGGUCUAUACCCAGAGCUUCCAGAUCCUUCAGAACCAUCUCUUACUGCACGGGAGAAGGUGUUUGGCAAGGGCCAAAAAGAGCUUAGGGCUGACCAUGAGGGAAGCAAGUACAAAUAUGAUGUUUAUCAGGAAGAAGAGCCGUAUGUUGACGGUACAAAGGCAGAUGCAUGA